GUGGAUUUCAAUAUGGCGGAAUCCACAUCAAAUGAUCACCGCUCUCCUUCGGGCUAUGAAGAGGACUUUGUGGAAGAAGUUGAAGAAGAUUUUCAAUGUCCCAUAUGUCAUUUACCGCUAAAGGAACCAGUUCAAACGAGAUGUGGCCACAGAUAUUGCAAAGAAUGUCUUGACGAGUACAUUGGAAGGUAGGAGUUUAUCAUUAGCAGCUUUCAGGAUUGUUGUUCGUUUAUUCACGUAAUCUAAUCACCCUGGAGAAUUCAUGAUAGGUGUGUUUCAACUGAAUUCAAUCAUUACCAAAGUCAAAGUCCAUAAAUUCCAUCUAUUUAGAGGAUGGUGGUCGGAUGCAUGAUCUUACACAGCAAUUGCAAUGAUGAUGACCACUACAGUAAUUUACCUGGUGAUGCAAAUUUUCAAUUUCUAGCAUUCCAUUCGAUUGGUCUCAAUCAAAAUACGCGCCCAUCUUCCUCUAAAAAGCACGAUACGUUUUCUCACUUAUCAAAGGUAAUACACGGGUUUCAUACUCACUUAUUCAAAGAGCAAAUAUCUUAGAAUCGAAAGCGAAAAUCGAUCGGUAGUGCAAUUAUCUACUACAAGCGUGAUUGCUGCUCAAAGUUCAAACCUUUUCUCCACAUUCAUUCCUUUGUGCUUAAAGUACUGCAAUAGUACUAAACCUAUCGCGCUAUUUUUAGUUUCAUUUCGUCUCAUUCGUCAUCCACAACUCAAUUGCGCGGUCACUAAAUUACAUGAAUAUAUACUUAUCUUACGUAUCUUGUAAAUUGUGUCGAGGCAAUGAAAUAUACUCGCUUGGAAAAAUCCUAACAAGGGCUUCAUCCACCUCAAUAUUCUUUUAUCGAUGAUGUAGUUUCCGUAUGCUGCUGUGGAAGUUGAAUCAGCAACUGUCGUUGUCAUUGUUGUGAAAUGGCGUUGACUGUAUUGAAUAAGAUAAAAGUAAAGAUUGAGAUGGGGUAUGAGAAUAAUUACAGUACAUAUUUGCAUGCCUGCUUCCUUACUUAUUUCCUUCCUUACUUAUUUCUUUACCAUUCUUAAUAAUUUAAUUUUUCUCGCAGACAGCAGAGUAAAAAAGAGUCAUUAACCUGCCCGGCAGACAGGCAGAAUCUGGACCCAGACCGGGUAAGUAAACUUUUUAACUACUGAAAAUUUAAUAGUGAUUUGCUCGGCUGAGUGCAGGUAAAGACCGACACAAUCAUUUAACAAUAUUUUUAAUACUUCUUUUAAGAAGUCAUCAAAAUAAUGCUAAAUAACUGUGACUUAAAAGUCUGACCAUUGUCAACGAAUUGACUUGUUAGAGUCUUCCUCAAACACACGUUUUAUUUUUCAAAGAAAUAUUUUGAACAAUGUUCUCUUUUCUUUCGUCUAUUUUUUUCUGUUCUUGAAAUAUACCUUACCAAUUUGUAUUUUUCUUAAAACAUCACUUUUAUUUUAAUUAAAUACUCCCUAGUAAAGGCUCUUCUAAAGGAAAGCACUCAUGCUUAAGUCAAUUGUCACCUACUAUGAUUAUUUCUAAGGACAUUUUCCCUGAUAAAGCAACAGAAAGGAGGAUUCUCUCUAUGGCGAUCAGAUGUCCAAGUGAUGGCUGUGAAUGGACUGGGGAGCUGAGGAACAAGAAGGUAAAAGUAACGUAUAUUUCGAUAAAUGUCAAUAAACAACUUUAUCAGCAUGAGUUACUGUUUUCGUCUGUUGAAAUAACAAAUCCACAGACAUAGCUCAAGUUCCUACAUGUAGAAGCCAAGACAUAGAGACGAUGGGCUUGAUAAUUUUAACUUCUCAGGGAGAGUUAGGAACCAAUACCCAAACUUAAAUUGUUUUGGUUUUAUUUGUUGAACAGAUCCACUUGGAAUCUUGCCCUUUUCAGCAAGUACUGUGUGCUAAUAAGAACUGUCACGAGAAAGUCCAAAGAAGACAUCUUACACAGCACGAAAAUAAUGUGUGUCCAUGGAGGAUCCUUCAAUGUACAUACUGCACGGAGCCCCACCCAGACUGCAUGAUGCAAGUAAGGAUUAUAAUAGUGGAGAAAUCUAAGAAAAAUAACACACCUCUUGCCAGGAAAUCUUUUAAUGUUUCUGUGGAAAAUUGAAACCCUUAAAAUCGAAUAGGAAUAGAGUAAACAGAUAAUAAAAUAUAUUUUCGAUUCUUAAAGAAGGUCUCCAUGAUGGCUUUUACGGCUUUGAUUAAAAUUUUGGCCACUGUUUUUUGCUACUGUCUUUUCAUUCCACCCACUAGGAAAAAUUCAAGGUUAAUUUUUUUACGACUUUUUUGGCCCUUUUACGGAUGACGGUUAACACCAUUGACACUCUCUUUAUAGCCCGAUUUUCGAAGAAAAUUGAUUGAAAAAAAGGAAACGUAGUGAAAUCAAAUUUCCGCAUUCCUGUGUUUCUUUGAAUUUUCUUUUCGUAGGACCAUAUUAGACAGUGCAGCAAGUUCCCAGUAACUUGUCCAAACAGCUGUGGUCGUUCAAUUCUAAAGGAUAUGGUGAGACUUUCAGCUUUAUCUGUGAUGUAAAAUCUGAAGUUUUAAGUGAAUCUUUCGCAACUAGAUGUAGCUUUAAUACACGCUAUUUAUCCUUCAAACAUCAAUUUACAUCCUUUCACUUUAAGAUAGGAUACUGUAAAACAUACAAAAUUAUGAAUCGUAAAAAUAUUUCCGACGGAAAUAAAGGUGGAUGUAAUGAUUCUUACUGAUACUUGAUCUGAUCAAAAUUUUCUUUAAUUAGUUUCAUAAUCACAAGCACACGAUGCUAACGAGAGAUAAAUGCCAAACAGCUCCCUUUUUGCUUUAUUUAUAGCCUCUCAUAUUAUUUCCCCGUUAUAUAACACUCUCACUGAAUAGCAACAAACUAUCUUUACAGGCCGAAUUCAUUUUUUUUUCAGCCUGUUCCAGGCUCAGUCGAUGAAAAACGCUAAACGGCGAAGGAGAGCCACAUAAAUUGUUAUCGCUUAUCCCACCGACCAUGUUUUAUUUGGGGUGGACGGCGGGGGUAGGGGGUAGAGGGAAGGGCGAGAAGACGCUUGCUCGAAGAGGUUGUUGAAAAGCAAAACACUAUCUGAUUAGUUGCACGCAAAUGAGUAGGUCACCAAUCAAAAUGAGUAAAAUUAAUAACCGGAGGCACUGUCUAUUAUUAUUAUUACAAAAGUGAAAUGUCAGAAUGACGCUCAAAUGACACAUUUGGCUUGUGAUUGAGUUUAACCGCACCAAUAAGGAACUCCUUUCGUUGGCGAACAGAAAUUUCCAAAAUAACAACGACUUCGGGCAGGCGUAACCUUCACUCCCCUACCCCCACCCCUCUCCUUAUUUUUGACUGUCGACUGCCCCCUUGGUACAAAUUUCUUUCUCUCCCCAGCCUUCCGCAGCCAUUAAAAUUAAAGAUAGUGGCCAAAAUUUUCGUUAAGAAAAUACUGAGCACUCGCUCGCCAAAAUUAGGUUGUGCCGCAAUCCUACUAGCUAGAGGUACGCCCGAGCAGCACUACUGACGACUUUCCCAGUCGAGCGAUUAUCGGAAAUUGUCGGCUAAUUCCAAUAUGACGCACUAUUCCAGUUUUACCAACAGUUUAGGGACGUGACUGAAUCAGACAUGAACAUUAUCAAAUGGCUUAAAUGUGAUGAAUACAUUGUAGAGUUUAAAUCAAGGAGGUUUCGCUAAAUUUUGUAUGGCUGUUUCCUUCAGCCUCGUCGAUCCUAAGUUUCUUGUUCAGCAGAGUUUUAGCUUAACACUGUGGCCGCUAACACCAACGCUUGCAAAGCUAAACAAAACUUACGAAUAGUAUCGCCAUUGUAAUGCCCUUGUCAUAGUGCUACUGGUAAGAAAAAUCCCCAUGAUGAAAUUUCUAUAUAUUGUCUUGUAACUCUCGCCAGUAGGAUCUCAGGAGGCGUAGAAAAUAUUACCGGCUAGAGGUACAGCUUGCAUAUUUAGCCCACUUUGCCCAAUUGUUACUACGGUUUGCUUCACAUUUUAUUUUUUUGCACUCCAAAUUAGUCUUACACUCCUUUUUAGUCUUACAUUUGUGUUUUCAAGAACAAAUUUACAUUUAUUUAUUUUAAUUUGAUCUUGUACCUUUAGCUGAUAGGAUCUGAAGGGGCUUAUAAAAUACUAUCGGCUAGAGGUACAGCUUGCAUGCUUAGUCGACUUAGUAAUUUUUAUUACGGUUUUCUUCACAUUCGUUUUUUCUGCACUCCAAGUCGUAGUCUUGAGGUACAGCUUGCAUAUUUCAACUUUGCCCAAUUUUUACUUUUUGGCACUCCAAAUUAGUCUUACACUCUUUGGAAUCACUUUUUUAUGAAUACAUUUGCAUUUUGUACUUUCUUAAUGAGCUGGUAAGAUCUUAGGAGGCUUAGAAAAUACUUGAAGUACAGUUUGCAUACUUAGUUGACUUUGCCCGAUUUUUACUACAGUAUGCUUUGCAUUUUACUUUUUGGCAUUCCAUUUUAGUCUAAUACUACAUUGGAAUCCCUUUUUUCAGAAUAUCUUCUUAUUCCUUGGUCGUGUACUUACUGUUGCUUAUUUGACGGCACAGUACACAAGCUAUAGUCAUCAAAUGACUCUUUAUGGGGAAUCAGCUAAAACUAACGCAGGCAUUAUUAGCAAAGGGUUCCUGGUUGGUGUUAAAAUGAGAAGGGUUUGAUUUCUUUAUAAUAAUAGCAAUUUUUAUUUUGAAAAAUACAAUAAAUAUCACAGGCGCAGGCUAAUCCUAUUUAUUAAUUGCACAAAUUUUAUAUAUAUAGUGGAUGGCCAUUUCAUAUUUUCAAGGAUAACUUGCCUUAAGGUUUUCAUGCAGUCAUACAUGCAGUCAAAUAUCAAUGAAAAUACUAAAGGAAAAUGUCAAUUUGAUGAAUUAAAAUUAUGUUAUCCUAUGACUACCUAAAGAUGACUUGAUUCUAGUAUUUCAAACAAUGGUUGGCCUUGUCAACAAUACUUCUAAUCAAACACGAACAUCAUGAAAAUAGAGACUGUUCCUUUCUAUGAAAUUCCACUCAUACUUAUGCAAAGUAUUACAUGCCGACAAACUUCAGUAAAUCUGGUUGACAUAUUCAAGUCUAAAAUGAAUUUCAAAUCAAAUUCAUUUAAAACUGGUUUGAUUUUUAUAAUAAAAUAAAUCCACAACUAAAGAAAAUAUAAAUCAGACUAGUUUAAAAUUUAUUUACUUGAAAUUUAUUUAAAACAUAACAAUGUUAAUGAUUUCAAGCUUACUUCACAUACAUAAGCUGCCCCUCUAGCUGAUAGUAUUUUCUGAGUAAUCCAAGAUCCUUCUGGCUAGAUAGACAAGACUGCAAAGCAUGAAAAUAUAGGUAUGGAGUGACUCCACAACAGUAUAAGACUAACAUGGAAUGUAGAAAGGUUUUUCCAUAUAUCAAAAAGUAAAUGAAUGAGCUUAAUUCACCUUAAAUGCACAAAGUGCCUCUAGCCUGUAGUAUUUUCUAAGCCUCUUAAGAUCCUACCAGCUAGAGGUACACAGCCAAAGAACAAGAAGAUAUUCAAGAAAAAUAGUGAUUCUAAUGUAUUACUAGCUGGUAGGAUCUUAAGGGGCUUAAAAAAUACUGCUAGCUAGAGGUACACUAAGCUUGCAUAUUUAGUCGACUUUGCCCAAAUUUUAAUUUACUAUGGUUUGCUCCACAUUUUACUUUUCUGCACUCCAACUUAGUCUUACACUCCUUGGAAUCACUUUUUUUAUGAAUGCAUUUGCAUUUAUUUAUUUUAUUUUAUACUUUUAGCUGGUAGGAUCUCAUGAGAAAAUACAAGAGGUACAGCUUGCAUUAUAAAUCGACUUGUGAUUCCAAGGAGUGUAUGACUAAUAUAGAGUGCCAAAAAGUAAAAUGUGGAGCAAACCAAAGUAAGACCAAAUUAAAAAAAAAAUAAAAGCAAACAUUCUCUUGUAAAAGUGAUUCCAAGGAGUGUAAGACUACAACUUGGAGUGCAGAAAAGUCGAAUGUGGAGAAAACCCUGAUAAAAAUUGAGCAAAGUCGACUAAGUAUGCAAGCUGUAUCUCUUGCCGGUAUUAUUUUAUAAGCCCCUUCUGAUCCUACCAGCUAGAGGUACAAGACCAAAUUAAAAUAACUAAAUGUAAAUUUGUUCUUGAAAACAUGAGUGUAAGACUAAAAAAGGAGUGUAAGACUAAUUUGGAGUGAAGAAAAAAUAUAAUGUAAAGCUAACCGUAGUAACAUUUGGGCAAAGUAGACUAAAUAUGCAAGCUGUACCUCUAGCCGGUAGUAUUUUCUAAGCCUCCUGAGAUCCUACUGGCUAGAGGUACAAGACGAUAGAAAUUUAAUCUUGGAGAUCUCUCUGACCAGUAGCACCAUGACAAAGGCAUUAUGGUGUCGAUACUAUUCAUAAGUUUUGUUUACCUUUGCAAGCGUUGAUCUUAGCGACUACAGUGUUAAGCUAAAACUCUGCUGAACAAGAAACUUAUGAUCGACGAGGCUGAAGGAAACAGCCAUACAAAAUUGAGCGAAACCUCCUUGAUUUAAACAAUGUAAACAAUCAACAAUGUAUUCAUCACAUGUAAAGCAUGUAAUAAUGUUUAUUUCUGGUUCAGUCACGUCGCUAAACUGUUUGUAAAACUGGAAUAGUGCGUCAUAUUGGAAUUAGCCGACAAUUACCGAUAAUCGCUUGACUCAGAAAGUCGUCACCAGUGCUGCUCGAGCGUACCCCUUAGCUGGUAGGAUUUAGGCACAACCCCAAAAUUAAGCUUGCUCUGCAGGCUGUUGUCAGAGAAAAGGCUAUAUAACUUAACGUGACGCCCACGUUUGUUCCUGCUACCCCUUUGGUGCUCUUUUCCACUGACAAAUUUUGGUGCGUGCCAUUCCUUUUUAUUCAAGUCCUUUAUUUCAUGUGAUGCAGGUUUCGAAUCACACAAAAGGUGACUGUCCGCUGACCAUAAUUUCCUGUCCAUAUGCAGGAAUGGGUUGUACUGCAAAGGUGAGAAAUUCAUAUAACAGGCCCAGAGAGACGCAUCAUGUACCUUAUAACCUUACAUUUCAUCGUGGUUUGCUUCGUAUUUGAUAUUGUCAAGACGAAUUCUGGAAGCCAGUCUUUUGUUAAACAAAAUGUUCUCAGCAGCUUCGAAAUGAAGCAGACAGUUUCGGGCCUGUAAGGUAGAUAGACCAAUAUCUGUCCUUAAUAGCCAAUCUUCCAUAGUAUUAACUUAAUCUUGCAAGUUUAUGGGGGCAGCCAUGUGAUAAAUGACCUUUCUGGUCGAAAGUUCGAGGAAAUACACCAACAGAAAAGAUUCUGACCAGUGUGUUGAAGAUCACGUGAUACCGUUAUCGAAAAGAACUUCGAAUUAAAUUAGCUGAUUAAAUUACGGGUAUAGAUAAUAGUCUGUAGAAUAUCUGGUAAACGAAGUAUACAUUUUUUAUGUAGAUCCAACGUCAAGAAAUGGAGCAUCAUCUUGAAUCAGCGACAAGAAUCCAUCUUGACUUAGUUUGUAUUAAAUUAAACAACACGGAAGACAAGUUAAAUGAAACAGAAGAUGAGCUGAAUAACACAAAAGAUAAGUUGAAGAAGACAGAAGAUAAAUCAAAUAACACAGAAGCUUUGUUAAAUGAGACAAGACUUGAGUUGAAAAAUGCCGUGAAACUGCUAAAGUUGUCGAGCGUAAAACAUACCAACCUGUUUCUUUGGCGGAUUGACAGUUUCAGCGAGAUUUUGAAAGAAGCCAAAAACGGAGGAAAAGAGGAACUAGGCAGUGAUGCAUUCUACACCAAAAGUGAAGCAGAAAGUUUUGGUUACAAGUUAAGAGUAGAAUUUCAACCAAACGGGCAUGGAGACGGCAAAAACACUCACCUCUCGGUGUUCAUCGUUGUAAUGAAAGGUGAAUAUGACGCAGUUUUACGCUGGCCCUUCAAUAAGAAAGUGAAGAUCACGUUAAUUGAUCAACAGGAUGAUCCAGACCAUCGGAAAAACUUCACCAGAGAGAUCGUCAGGAGAGAGAUUCCGAACUUUGCAAGGCCCAAGAAAGAACAAAACGUUGCAUGGGGUUUUCAUUGUUUCAUAUCUCAUUUGGAACUUCAUUCGCGGCGCUACAUUGUGGAUGACACACUGUUUCUUCAGAUUGAGAUUAGUUAA